UACUGGGCAAUGAGUUUUCAUGAUUUCAAUUCAUUUACCAAAAAAUUUGUUGUACUAACAACAAAAUAGUUCAAUUGGACAGCUGACUGCAAUGAAAAGGUUGAAAACAAAACUCACACUCUGAAUUAUAAAACUCCAAACAUGUACUUAAAUCAAAUUUAAUAUCUGAGCAGCUUAAACUUGAUCAUGACGGCAAGGACCCAAGCAACAAAAUUACAAAUUUUAAAAUACGAAGUGGAAAAGCUGAACUUUCAACUGCAGAACUCAACUUACAGAGGAACUUGGUGGCCAAGUAAUGAAGUUCACAAAGUCUAUAAAUUCACAAUCCAAGGCUUUCAAUAGAGAAAAAACGGUAGAAUGGGCACUGAAGCUCAAGGGUGUAGCAUAUGAGUACCUGGAAGAAGACUUGAGAAACAAGAGCCCCAUGCUUCUCCAGUCUAACCCUGUUCACAAGAAGGUCCCGGUGCUUGUGCACGAUGGUAGACCAAUUGCCGAGUCCCUUGUCAUCCUUGAGUACAUAGAUGAGGCAUGGAAAGGCUACCCUCUAUUGCCCGAGGAUCCUUCUGAAAGAGCCAAAAUCCGAUUCUGGGCAAGAUUCACUGAUGAGAAGUGUGUGCUCGGUGCCUGGGCUGCUUGCUGUGCCAAAGGACAUGAACGAGAGAAAGCUAUAGAGUCUGCACAAGAAUCGCUGAGUUUUCUAGAAAAGCAGAUUGAAGGGAAGAAAUUUUUUGGGGGUGAGACGAUGGGCUUGCUGGAUCUGGUGGUGGGUUCACUGCCUAACUGGAUCGAAUUCUUGGAAGAACAUGGAGGCAUGAAGCUGCUGGAUGAAGAGAAGUUUCCAUCCCUUUAUGAAUGGGCUCAGAAAUUUAUCAACAUUCCAAUCAUCAGUGAAAGAAUACCAACAAAGGAAGGGCUGAUAAACUACUUUCAGGGAGGGCAAAACAGCAGACUUACUACUGGAAAAUGAUCAGUGAUUCUACCGAUUCUGAGUUUGACCUAAGUUUAUAUUACAGGAAUAAAUGGAGGGUAGGUGUUUAUCUGUAUCUGUCUUUCAAGGAACAAAAUCCAAAACAAUCACAGCCUCUGGGAAAAUAAAUAAACACUGAUAGCAGCAUCAUAGACUACUAACAUUCUGCUUCACUGCCACAGGCUUCUAUACUAGUCUGUUUGCUUCAGGGGCAAAAUAGAAUAUUUUGAGAGUGAAUCUCCA